CCAACAUAGAUCUUAUCCCCACUGCCAUGAAAGACAUGAAACCCCAUGCUGCCUUGCUCGCAAGCCCAGGCAUGGGACAUAUCAUUCCUAUUGUUGAGCUUGGGAAAUGCAUGGUUAGACACCAUGGAUUUUGUGUUACCAUCUUUAUUGUUGGCGAUGAAGCCUCAACAGCACUUCUCAAUUCACAAACUCUUGACGAUCUCGAUAUUGUCUCGUUCCCACCAAUCGAUGUCUCCGGCAUAGUCGGUCUCGACGCAUCACUAGGAGCCAAAUUGUUAAUGAUCAUGAAUAAGUCUCUGCCCCUCCUCCGCUCAGCCAUCUACUCCAUGAAAUCUCCCCCAGAAAUGUUGAUCGUGGACUUGUUUGGACCUGAUGCUUUCGCCAUAGCUGAGGAAUUUGGAAUGCUACGGUACAUUUUCAAUACUAGCACUGCACGGUUCCUUGCUGUGACAAUAUAUACACCAAUUGCUCCUAAAGAGCAAAUAGAGGAACAUGUUAAGGAACACAAACCACUGGAAAUUCCCGGUUGUAACCCGCUUCGAUUCGAAGACACAAUCGAUGUCUUUGAAUAUGGGAAUCAUCCUGAAUUUAUCCAACUGGGGAUUGCGUUUUCAAAGGCUGAUGGCAUCUUGCUGAACUCAUGGGAGGGUAUUGAAUCCUCUACAAUUGAAGCACUUAGAAAUGCCAAACUUUUGGGCCAGGCUAUUAAGGGCACUGUUUAUCCAGUUGGUCCAUUGGUUAGACAGGUUAUUAGGUCAGAUAUUUCAACACAUCCAGAUCCAGUGAUAGAUUGGUUAGAUGGGCAACCUGUGGAAUCUGUGAUUUAUGUUUCCUUUGGGAGUGGAGGCACCAUGUCAGCUAAACAGAUGACGGAGUUGGCUUGGGGUUUGGAACUGAGCGGACAAAGAUUUGUUUGGGUGAUUCGCCCUCCCUCAGAUAGUGAUAAAAGCGGGACAUAUUUCACAAUCGGACAGGGUUCAGAUUUCGACUUGGACUACUUGCCUGACGGGUUUGUAACUCGAACCCGUGACACGGGAAUGGUGGUUCCUAUGUGGGCUCCACAAGACCACAUCCUGAACCAUCCUUCAGUAGGUGGAUUUUUGUCACACUGUGGAUGGAAUUCAACAAUGGAGAGCAUAAUCAAUGGUGUGCCAAUGAUUGCGUGGCCGCUCUACGCCGAGCAAAAAAUGAAUGCUGCCAUGUUAGCGGAGGAUGUUGGGGUGGCUAUUCGACCGAAGCAGCCACCUAGUGAGAGCAGAGUGGUGGGGAGGGAGGAGAUAGAGGAAUUGGUGAGGGAGAUCAUGGUAGAUGAAAAGGGGCGUGCAAUGAGGAAGAAAAUGAAGGAGCUAAAAUUUAGUGCUGAGAAAGCAUUGAACGAGGGUGGUUCCUCCUACAAUUCAUUGUCCCAAGUUGCUAAAGAGUGCAUGCAACAUAUGAAGGCGCGUGAUUUCCCUUUGAGCAUAUGACUUUGGUCCCAAAACAUUAAUAGCAGAUGUGCAAAACGAUAAAAAUCAAGUGGUACAAGAGAAAUAAUUUCAUUUAUGGUUGAAUGUCAAAUAAAUCUUUUUGGAUAUU